UUAUAUUUCCUUAAUCACAUAACUAUUUGUUGAGUGCUUUGCCACUAAUAUCACUAUAUAAAUAACAGCAAAGAGCGUUUUACUUCCGGGAAGCUCGCUUUUCCCGCACCAAGCCAGCAGCUGAACGCAACCUCUUCUUAUUGCGAUCUCAUGAAGGCUAUAUACAGUAAACAAAACCAUUUCGGAGCCGUAGCUAAACCAGUCCGGGUGGCGGCGCUGUCCAACCAUUUAUUGACAGAGGACCAACGUCUUAUGCAGGACCCGCGUUUGAAUUGCAACCAUUUAAUCGUACAUAUAGGACUUAAUGGUCAUUUUAUCGCGUAACUUGCCGACCGAACCGUCCGAACAUAGCAGCAUUUCAACUGGAGAAAAGAGCCGCGAUGGGGACAGCUUUGCUCUACGACGAGGAGAUGACGAACUACAAGUUGCUGUGGGUUGAUCCAGUAUGUAAAAUCGAGGUCCCCGAGCGACUGACAGUGACUCAUGAAGCUCUGUUGAGGACGGGGCUUGUCAACCGCUGUGUGUCCAUACCUGUUCGUGAGGCCGUCGAUGCCGAGAUUCUCCUAGUUCACAGCGAGGAGUACCUGGAAGCUGUGAAGAAGACUCCUUACAUGACUCUUGAGGACCUGAAGGACUUCACUCUGCAGUAUGGUGACGUCUACUUCCAUCCUAACAUCUACCAUUGUGCCAAGCUGGCUGCAGGAGCUGCACUGCAACUGGUGGACGCUGUUUUGACAGGGAAGGUGAGGAACGGCAUGGCCCUGGUCAGGCCUCCGGGACAUCACAGCAUGAGAGAUGCAGCCAACGGCUUCUGUGUCUUCAACAACGUGGCCAUCGCCGCCAAAUAUGCCCAACAGAAACACAGGAUAAAACGGGUGUUGAUCGUGGACUGGGAUGUCCAUCACGGUCAAGGUGUGCAAUAUAGCUUCGAGGACGACUCGAGCGUGCUCUACUUCUCUUGGCAUCGCUACGAGCAUCAGCAGUUCUGGCCGAACCUCAAACAGUCUGAUUUUGAUUCUGUGGGCAAAGGAAAAGGCGCCGGAAUGAACAUCAACGUUCCCUGGAACAAGGCGAGUGACAUUCGGCUCGAAUUGAAUGUAUUUAUUGAAUCGUAAAUUUAAGGUUCAUACACUGCAAAACCAUGGAAAAAUGGUGACAUGCUCACUUGCGCCCCCUCCAUUUCCCAGGUGGGAAUGCAGAACAGCGACUACCUGUCAGUCUUCUUUCACGUCCUCCUCCCUGCUGCCUAUGAGUUUGCUCCAGAGCUGGUGCUGGUGUGUGCAGGCUUCGACUCUGCCAUCGGAGAUCCAGAGGGUGAAAUGUGUGCCACACCUGACGUCUUCGCCCACCUGACUCACCUGCUGAUGAACCUUGCAGGAGGUCGAGUGUGCGCCGUGCUGGAGGGCGGCUACAACUUGACCUCACUACCUCAGUCUGUGUGUCAGACCGUCCACACUCUGCUGGGAGACCCGUGCCCUCGACCCCAAAACCUCCCUGGUCCCUGUAGAAGCACGCUGGAGACGCUGCACUGUGUGAGAGCUGCACAUCAGAAGUUCUGGUCCUGUUUCUCAUGCGCAGCAGACGCUCCGACUUUUGAGAUUAGCACAAAGCGUGUUAAACUGGCGGCGGAAGAACAGGAGCAGCCAGUAGGGGGCGCCAGCACAGAAGCCAUUUGGCCAGAGCCACCGCAGCGUGUCUCUUCUCCUGCCCGUGUGGCAGCCGUGCUCCCAGACCACGUGACAGUCUCUGGAUGUUGUCAGCGUUUCUGUUCGCCUCCGAUACUCAAAGAGAGUUUGGUGGAAGAAGCUCAGUCGGUGCUCGGCAGGGUCCUUGCGCUAGUGGACGCGAUGGACUCAAAUAAGAUCUGCAGAGGCUUGGCUCUGGUCAGCGAUGUUUCCAUGGCGACGAAGAGUGUCCUUCAGCAUGCUGCUGCUGAGCCGAGCCGUCGGGUUCUGGUUGUACUUGUUGGAGACAUGGAGCUCGGGAAUUUGACGGCAGACGUCGGGAACACUCUGCUGGUCCAUCUGAGUUCCAAGCAGCCAGAGGAGGAGAACAAGUGUUACAUCAGAGUGUGUCUGAAGAAGGGCUGUAGCGACGUGUCGGCUCUCACCCAGGCCGUGCUGGGCCUCCUGCUGCCUCUGGGCUACCAGUUUGACCCGAGUCUGGUGCUGCUUAUCCGGUCUCCAGCCUGUGGUGUCUGUGAUGACAUGUGGCAGCAGCUGACUGGUCUCCUGCAGGGUCUGGCUCUCGGACAUAUUCUGGUCCUCAUGCAGGAGAGUGAGGAGUCCAGUGUGGCUGCGACGGUCUCGGCUCUCUCUGGAGACCCGGCCCCACCACUCGGACGUCUCUCUGCUCCCCUGCAGGAGGACAUGGACACGCUGGAGUUGCUCAGGAGACGACUGCAGGCCGACUGGACGAUGCUGAGGACCACAGCAGCACCUGAAACUGACCAAGGAGGUGAUUGA